AUGGCCACACUGGAUAUACCUGGACUUCCUCACAGUGGAGGAGGAGAAGUAUUCAAGUUGAUGAAGGAGUACCUCUCAGAAGGAAAACAGAGCCGUAUACCAACAUACCCUUCAGCAACCCUGGGGGUGAGAGAAGUUAAUAUAUGCAAAAUAGAAACUCAUGAUGUGAAUGAGAAAGAACUGAGACACAUAAAGGAGUCUCCCUGUGAGUGGACACUGAGGAAGACAAUGAGAGCGAGCACGCCAAAUGAGGAGAGGGACUCGCCUCAUGAAUAUCACAAUGGUAAUGAGGUUGGCCGUGAGUUACAGCCGGAGAAGCUCGGGGCAAGACCGUGCCUUCCACCACUGUUUACAGAGGGUCUCCCGGUGGUGCCACGUCACCGUCCCGCCAGUGAUCGUGACGUGGGCAGCGUUGCCACGUCGCCAUACUGGAGAGUUAUGGUCGCCUCCACGCCUGUCCUCGCACCUCCACGCCUGUCCUCGCACCUCCACGCCUGUCCUCGCACCUCCACGCCUGUCCUCGCACCUCCACGCCUGUCCCUCGCACCUCCACGCCUGUCCUCGCACCUCCACGCCUGUCCUCGCACCUCCACGCCUGUCCCUCGCACCUCCACGCCUGUCCACCCUCCUCGCACCUCCACGCCUGUCCUCGCACCUCCACGCCUGUCCUCGCACCUCCACGCCUGUCCCUCGCACCUCCACGCCUGUCCUCGCACCUCCACGCCUGUCCUCGCACCCUCCACGCCUCCUCGCACCUCCACGCCUGUCCUCGCACCUCCACGCCUGUCCUCGCACCUCCACGCCUGUCCUCGCACCUCCACGCCUGUCCCUCGCACCUCCACCUCCACGCCUGUCCUCGCCUGUCCCUCGCACCUCCACGCCUGUCCCUCGCACCUCCACGCCUGUCCCUCGCACCUCCACGCCUGUCCCUCGCACCUCCACGCCUGUCCCUCGCACCUCCACGCCUGUCCCUCGCACCUCCACGCCUGUCCCUCGCACGCCUGUCCCUCGCACCUCCACGCCUGUCCUCGCACCUCCACGCCUGUCCUCGCACCUCCACGCCUGUCCUCGCACCUCCACGCCUGUCCCUCGCACCUCCACGCCUGUCCCUCGCACCUCCACACCUGUCCACGCCUGUCCUCGCACCUCCACGCACCUCCACGCCUGUCCUCGCACCUCCACGCCUGUCCCUCGCACCUCCACGCCUGUCCCUCGCACCUCCACGCCUGUCCCUCGCACCUCCACGCCUGUCCCUCGCACCUCCACGCCUGUCCCUCGCACCUCCACGCCUGUCCCUCGCACCUCCACGCCUGUCCCUCGCACCUCCACGCCUGUCCCUCGCACCUCCACGCCUGUCCCUCGCACCUCCACGCCUGUCCCUCGCACCUCCACGCCUGUCCUCGCACCUCCACGCCUGUCCCUCGCACCUCCACGCCUGUCCCUCGCACCUCCACGCCUGUCCUCGCACCUCCACGCCUGUCCUCGCACCUCCACGCCUGUCCUCGCACCUCCACGCCUGUCCUCGCACCUCCACGCCUGUCCUCGCACCUCCACGCCUGUCCUCGCACCUCCACGCCUGUCCCUCGCACCUCCACGCCUGUCCCUCGCACCUCCACGCCUGUCCCUCGCACCUCCACGCCUGUCCCUCGCACCUCCACGCCUGUCCCUCGCACCUCCACGCCUGUCCCUCGCACCUCGCACCUCCGCCUGUCCUCGCACCUCCACGCCUGUCCUCGCACCUCCACGCCUGUCCCUCGCACCUCCACGCCUGUCCCUCGCACCUCCACGCCUGUCCUCGCACCUCCACGCCUGUCCCUCGCACCUCCACGCCUGUCCCUCGCACCUCCACGCCUGUCCCUCGCACCUCCACGCCUGUCCCUCGCACCUCCACGCCUGUCCCUCGCACCUCCACGCCUGUCCCUCGCACCUCCACGCCUGUCCCUCGCACCUCCACGCCUGUCCCUCGCACCUCCACGCCUGUCCUCGCACCUCCACGCCUGUCCUCGCACCUCCACGCCUGUCCUCGCACCUCCACGCCUGUCCUCGCACCUCCACGCCUGUCCUCGCACCUCCACGCCUGUCCUCGCACCUCCACGCCUCCACGCCUGUCCUCGCACCUCCACGCCUGUCCUCGCACCUCCACGCCUGUCCCUCGCACCUCCACGCCUGUCCCUCGCACCUCCACGCCUGUCCUCGCACCUCCACGCCUGUCCUCGCACCUCCACGCCUGUCCUCGCACCUCCACGCCUGUCCUCGCACCUCCACGCCUGUCCUCGCACCUCCACGCCUGUCCUCGCACCUCCACGCCUGUCCUCGCACCUCCACGCCUGUCCUCGCACCUCCACGCCUGUCCUCGCACCUCCACGCCUGUCCUCGCACCUCCACGCCUGUCCCUCGCACCUCCACGCCUGUCCUCGCACCUCCACGCCUGUCCUCGCACCUCCACGCCUGUCCUCGCACCUCCACGCCUGUCCCUCACACCUUCACGCCUGUCCUCGCACCUCCACGCCUGUCCUCGCACCUCCACGCCUGUCCCUCGCACCUCCACGCCUGUCCCUCGCACCUCCACGCCUGUCCCUCGCACCUCCACACCUGUCCUCGCACCUCCACGCCUGUCCCUCGCACCUCCACGCCUGUCCUCACACCUCCACGCCUGUCCUCGCACCUCCACGCCUGUCCCUCGCACCUCCACGCCUGUCCUCGCACCUCCACGCCUGUCCUCGCACCUCCACGCCUGUCCUCGCACCUCCACGCCUGUCCUCGCACCUCCACGCCUGUCCCUCGCACCUCCACGCCUGUCCUCGCACCUCCACGCCUGUCCCUCGCACCUCCACGCCUGUCCCUCGCACCUCCACGCCUGUCCCUCGCACCUCCACGCCUGUCCUCGCACCUCCACGCCUGUCCUCGCACCUCCACGCCUGUCCCUCGCACCUCCACGCCUGUCCUCGCACCUCCACGCCUGUCCUCGCACCUCCACGCCUGUCCUCGCACCUCCACGCCUGUCCUCGCACCUCCACGCCUGUCCUCUCAAACACAUGCCAUUCUGUAACACUUAAGUCAUUGGGAAAAAAUGCG